AUGGCGACGCGCACCGCCGCAGUGAAGGAUCUCGAAGAUGCUUUCGUCAAGGUGACCUUCGAGGACGAGAUCAACGCGUCCCAAUCCAAGGGCUCAGCCAUCGAUCCAUUCUACAACGACUGGGUCGACCAAGCAUCGGCUCCGUUCAAUGAGCCCGCGACGUUUGCUGCGAGAGCUUUGCGCAAGCUCCAUUCGAACCACUCCGUGGUGCUCUUCACCGAUUACACCGUCAAUCUUCUUGCGUUUCCGGGGGCAAUAUUUCAGCCCACGUCUCCCGAUGAACUCAUCUCUUCGCUGGUGUUUGUCCCAUUUGCCCGCCGGCUGGGGAGUGUCCCUGGCAUUUUGGUCGACCGGAUCAAGUAUGGAUCGUUCAAAGUAGCCUGGGAUAAAUAUGACUUCCUUUUGUAUGUUGUUAACUAUCCUCAAGGAUUUGGAACCAUCACACAACACUACCUGAUCCACGAUGGCCCUGAGGAGCGUUCCCGCACCUUCCUUAUGGCGGCUGCUGCAUGGAACAACCUCCUCCACGAGGAGAUCCUCGUGUUCAAUCAGGGAAUGUGGAACAAGGAUCAUGCGCUAUGGGUAGAAGUGCAGAAGGCAAACUGGGACGAUGUUAUCCUCAAGCAGCAGUUCAAGGACGCCAUGAGGAAGGAUAUUAAGGGCUUCUUCGAUUCAGAGGACCUAUACAAAUCGCUGGCUAUUCCGUGGAAGCGUGGUGUCAUCAUGUAUGGCCCUCCAGGCAACGGCAAGACCAUUAGCCUGAAGGCUGUCAUGAAGGACUGCGACGCGAAAGGAUACGCCCCGCUUUACGUCAAAUCGUUCAAGAGCUGGAUGGGCGAGGAAGGCUCUAUGGCCGCCGUGUUUCAGAAGGCGCGCGAGAUGGCGCCCUGCGUACUCGUCCUCGAAGAUCUUGAUUCCCUCAUCAACGAUGCGAACCGGUCGUUCUUCCUCAACCAGUUGGACGGCCUCGAGGGCAAUGACGGGCUCCUCGUCAUCGGCUCGACGAACCACUUUGACAGGCUGGACCCUGCCCUGAGUGGGCGGCCCAGUCGGUUCGAUCGCAAGUACCUCUUCGACGACCCCGAUGAAUCGGAACGUGCUCUCUACGCCAAAUACUGGCAGGAAAAGCUCACGACCAACAAGAAUAUCUACUUCCCUGACAAGCUUGUUGAGGAGGUCGCGGCCUCGACCGUGAAAUUCAGCUUCGCCUACCUCAAGGAAGUCUUCGUCUCGAGUCUCGUCUUGCUAGCCGGCUACGAGGACGACGAGAAGCUGCCCUUCGCACACGUCCUCCGGGGCCAAAUCAAGAGCCUCCGCGACCAGCUCGACAACGAGCCAAAGGGCGCACGCGACGCCCCCACCCCGGGUGCAUCCGCCAUCUCUUCGGCCACUCCUGCGCAGCGCGUGGGGAGUGGACGCUUCUUCGAUUCCUUGGACAGCCGUCUUACCGGACAGAGCCGCAUCUGGGACAGCAGCGAUAGCGGACCGCGGCUCACCAUGCCGGGUGGCCUGCCAUCUAGGAGAGGAACGCCUCUCAGGCCGAGGGAGGGCGCUGGCGAGCUGCCCCGCCCUGUGACCCUUAACGGCAACGGACGGUCCUUCUUGUAUUGA